UUUUUGUUUAAUGUUACUGGAUGUUUCGUGGGGUUCAGUUUAUUGACGAUUUGUUCUCGUUGCUGGAGGAGACUUCAUGGUUUUGUUGUUUAUGGUGAAUAUUUGAGAAAAAGGGCAAAAUUUAUAGCGAAAAUAAUGUAGAAGGAGAUGGAGAUACAAAGAUAAGGCGGUUGUGGGUUUUAGAUUACUGGAUUUGGACAGGUGAAAUUAGAUCCAGAUGUUUAAUGGCCAUUGAAGAUUAUCUUCUUGUACUUUGUCUGUUUCCGUCUACUUUGCAAAGAUAUUUCUUAGCUCAACUUGUGCCUGUGGUUAACUCUCCCUAUAUUGCUCGCUUUCAGACUCUUUUCCUCUUCAUUGCUUAGAUUCCUGAAGAUUAAUUAAGCUGCUACUCUCUCUUUUUUGCUCUCUGGCUAGUUAAGUUUAUCAGUAGAACUGUGAUAAUGGCAUCAACAACAGGGGCUACACUCUUUAAAUUGCCAACGCAACCUUUCUCUGCUACGAGGUCAUUUCCCACUACCAAAGCAAAUCCUUCUGUCUCAAGCUCUCUAGCCAGUACUUUUGUUGGUGCUUCAUUGCCAAUGAGCUCAACAAACAAGAACAGAACAGUCAAGAUGAGUAGCAAAGUAACUGCUGCAGCCGCUGUUGCUACAACUCCAAUGCAGGAAAUUACUGAGUAUGUGCUUCCUAGCUGGGCGAUGUUUGAACUUGGGAGGGCUCCUGUAUAUUGGAAAACCAUGAAUGGCCUUCCUCCAACUUCUGGACAAAAGCUAAAGCUUUUCUACAAUCCGGCUGCCACAAAACUUAAUCCGAAUGAAGAAUUCGGUAUUGCCUUUAAUGGAGGUUUUAAUCAGCCCAUUAUGUGCGGAGGUGAGCCAAGAGCAAUGCUCAGGAAAGAACGAGGCAAAGCUGAUCCACCAAUAUAUACCAUCCGGAUUUGCAUUCCUAAGCAUGCUGUGAACUUGAUAUUCUCAUUCACAAAUGGAGUUGAUUGGGAUGGUCCUUACAGACUGCAGUUUCAAGUUCCUAAGGCUUUGCAAAACAGACCAAUUGAAUUCUUUAAUGAGGGCCUGGCACAAGAGUUAAGCAAAGAAGGUGCUUGUGAAAAAGCAAUAUUUCCAGAUGCUAACAUUGUUAUUUCACGAUGUGCUAUGAUCGGUAACCUUUCCAUAGAAGGAGGUGAUCGUUGCAAUCUUGAUCUAGUACCAGGAUGCAUGGAUCGUGGCUCACACUUGUAUAACCCACUUGCCAAUGUAGAUGAUGGAUCUUGCCCAAUUGAUUCGGACGUAGAGAAUUAGGAUUUCCAAGUCCACAAUCAUACACUAUCCCUUUCAUCAUAAUACUUCCUUUGUUCUGUCAAACUCAAUAUUAAUACAAUACAUAAAAAUUAUUAAUUGAUUACUAUAAAAGAAAAAAGGAAUAGAA